GGCAGAAAAAGGGACACUGGCUGUCAGUGUUGGAAUUCCAUCUGCUCAAUUACACUGGUGUGUGUAUGUCAUUCCUAUAGUUAUUCCGCUUGAAUAAGUGUAAUAAUAGAAAUAAUUGAUUAGUUGAGUGGAAUGUGUUAAAGUCUGAAAUAGCUAGUUGUUUUCAGACGCCGCCGUCACCAAAAUUGGAAGGAGGAAAAAAGCCAUCUGGUGAGAUGCAAGGAGUACUAUUCUGUCUGUUCAUUACAUUGGAAGGCCCGAGUUUUUUGGAUCUUCUGAAGACUUGCAAAGAUAUCGGGAAGACCGGGUCGGGUGUUUGGGCGGCUAACUGAAGUGACAGGUGCCUUUUUAUCUGAAGAAGCAAAGAAACUAUUUAUUUUCGCCUGUUUCCAACGCCUUCCAUCGAUUUCUUAGUGCUCACAUCAAAAACAAAAUAGUGUUUGUGCAAAUAACGACUCCGGUUCAUAGGAAUGCCUUCGAAAAUACUUCCAUAUUACAGCUAAAAUUCCAGUAAACGUCAUUGUUGAGUCUACAUUAAACUUGUUAGUGAGCUGAUUAGGAGAAUGGGGAAAAUACUGUCCAAAAUAUUCGGAAACAAGGAAAUGAGGAUACUCAUGCUGGGGCUGGAUGCAGCUGGAAAAACAACAAUUCUGUACAAGCUGAAAUUAGGACAGUCAGUCACAACAAUUCCCACCGUUGGAUUCAAUGUUGAAACUGUAACAUAUAAAAAUGUCAAAUUCAAUGUUUGGGAUGUUGGUGGCCAAGAUAAGAUCCGCCCACUGUGGCGACACUAUUAUACUGGUACCCAAGGUUUGAUAUUCGUUGUGGACUGCGCAGAUCGAGAUCGAAUUGACGAAGCUAGACAAGAACUUCAUAGGAUCAUUAACGAUCGUGAGAUGCGUGAUGCCAUCAUCCUUAUAUUUGCAAAUAAACAAGACCUCCAGGAUGCCAUGAAACCACAUGAAAUUCAAGAAAAACUGGGGCUGACUCGUAUUCGUGAUCGGAACUGGUACGUCCAGCCAGCAUGUGCCACAACAGGCGACGGCUUGUAUGAAGGACUAACGUGGUUAACAUCUAAUCACAAAUCGUAAUGAAUCAUUCGUUCAAGUGCUGUGUAUAACAAAAUUCAACAAGGUCGUGGGGCGUAGAAGAAAGAUUUAGGAAACAAAUAACUAAGACUAUAUGAUUGAAGAUGGCAUCUCACUGCAAUAGUGUGUUGCCAAAGUGCGCUAUGGCAUCAAAUAAUCAAUACCGUACCGGACGCGAGGGCAGCCCACAGUUAAUUUGAAACAAAACAAAAAUAUUGUGGGGUCUGUUCUCACGAAGCCCACAACACGAGCUCUUCCAAAAUUGUUGUGCUGAAUGAAAAAAAAAACUUGACGACGACGACAAAUCCUCCUCCUCUUCUGUUUCAAACUUUGGGUUGUAUUGCAUAAUUUGCAUCCGUUUGAUUCCCGCGUCCGUUUAUGUUUUACUCUUUUCAUAAUCGAUUGUUUCUCCCAUCCCCUGUUAUGUGUAAGUUUUGCUCCUAAAUUUUCAACCAUUCCCCCAUAUCCCUCGAGUUCGGCCUCCACCAUCUCUUUUCCGGUCCCCCCUAUUUUAAUCCCUUUUUUACUCAAUUGCAUUAGAAUGUUGAAUCUAGCCUACAGUGUGUAGAUGUAUGAUGAAUGCGCGGUAAAAAUUUUUUGCUUGUACCUAAGUAAAUAUAAUUACAUAAUUUGUUCCAGUUUUUA